AUGUCCCAACACCACUCGAAAAAAUCUGCGGAGGCUAAAGAAAAAUCAGCCUUCUUUGCAGCGAGAACGCCGCAGCACAAGCCGGCCGACCAGCAGGCCCAAGAUGGCGCCGACACAGACUCUGAUGCAGACCGUGCCAGCACAGCCGGUAAGCAAGCAGACACCCCACUCACACAGAAUCUCUUGCAAACCAUGCUAGAUGCAGCAGUGGCCAAAAUGCAAUUCACGGUCACUGAGGCUAUCAAUGACGUGAGACAAGACAUUACUAGUCUUGAAGCACGAACCUCACACCUAGAGGGGAACAUGGGAAGGCUCAACGCAGCUAAUGCUGACACAGAAGAGCGCCUAAGUAAGAAUGAAGACAAACUUUAUCUCCAGGAAACCAAAAUAGCAGAUAUUGAGGACAGAUCGCGCCGCAACAACAUACGCCUAAGAGGGGUACCGGAAGAAAUAGGACCCCAAGAUUUAACAGCAUUUGCUGUAGAGUUGUUCAAAGCUAUAUUGCCAGAUAUCCCAGCAGAUAUGUUUCUCCUAGACCGCAUUCAUAGACUCCCCAGACCGCAGCACUUACCGCCCACCGCGUCAAGAGACGUCCUCAUGAGACUACACUAUUACCACAUCAAGGACCAAAUCCUGAGGGCACACAGAUCCAAAAAGACCUUACCCGACCAGUUCAGAGACAUCCUCUUGUUUAUGGACUUAUCCGCGGAGACAUUACGCCGAAGGCGAUCCUUUAAAGAUAUAGCCGACGCUCUGAGACACCACAAUGUCCAGUACCGGUGGGGAUACCCAGCUAAGCUCCUUAUCACAAAAGGGAGCAAGCUUUUCACUGCAAACACACCAAGAGAAGGUCUAAACCUCCUGCGACAAUGGGGCCUAUCCCGAAACCUCCAGCCCAAUCUCCAGACCUCCAGCAAAUCCACAGAAGAAGAAGAGAGACGCCCUCCAAAAGCGAGAGGCACGUUCCCGAAGGAAGACUGAAAGCCGGCGCCCGGUGACAGCAAGUUAA